GGCAAUUGAGCUUCCAAAGUUCGGCCUAAGGCUACUCUUAGCCUCUGCAGCCGGUUAGUCCAGCGCCAACAGCGCAGACAAUCUCAGCCCGAGCGCAGAGGCCCCGCCUCCGCUGUGCUUUGGGGCGGUCCCGGCCAUUGCUCCCCCGCGCCGCCCCUAAACUCAACAACUCGCGCGUGUAACAAGUCGGUCUGUGGCAUAGCUGCUGGCUCUAGAAGCUGGUUGUCUGGGGCAUUCUCCUUCUCCGCAAGAGGAGGACGGCUUCGAGCCCUCCAAGGGCGAUCGCAGACAAGCCCAUUGCCGGAGUGAGAGUGGAGGAAAGCAGAAACACCCGCCGACCUUGCGGGGGAAGAGCACAGCGAAAACCCAAGGCGAGCGAGGUGUUGAGUCUCUUCCUCUUCUCCCGCCUUCUUGGCUUUGCAAAAGGCGGCGAGGUUGAGAAAUCCACCGGCGGAGGUCGGAAAGGAAAAGCCCCACGGGAGGGGCGGGGGCGACAAGCUGCUAGAAAAGGAACUGCGUUGCUUCUCGGAGCUCGGAUGCUCCCCGGCGAGAUGCCCCUGUAGGACCGCAGCGCUGCAGAGGCUCUGGAGAGAUUCGGUCGAGUGGAAGGUGCGGUUCCUUCAAAUGUGGGGCGCUUCGCCUGCCCGUCGGAAACAAGGGGGACGAGAAAGUCUCUCUUCCAUUCAAGGGGGAAGGGGAAAAAAAGGAGGCAGGCUUAUUGGCCCGCAGCUUUUGUUGCUGGCCUUUCAUCGUGCGAGGGUGGCUGUAUGUGCGUGUGUUUAGAGUAUUUUUAACUUUCCCCACGGCUUGGCUGCUGAAGUACCUUCGGAAGCCAGCGAUUACUCCAGCCUCGCAAUUCUGAUUUUAAGCAGUGUUUACUAUCUCACCCUCCCGCGAUGUUGCCAGGGUUUUCUGAAAGGCGCUUUGCCGUUUGUCCUUUUUCUUCAGAACCUCUCUGCAGAACUGUCAUUUUAACCUGAAGGCCUUGCAAGCCGUCUCUGCCUGGAAGUUGCUUGUUCUGUUUAAGCUGGAAAAGAAGCCACUUUGAUUUGGGAUCAUUGCAAAAUAAAAGAACGAUGGGGGGUAACCUUGGCUGCCAUCGUUCCAUUCCUCGAGACCCUUCGGAUCUUUGCCAUAGCCGUAAAUUCAGCGCAGCGUGCAAUUUCAGCAACAUCCUUGUGAACCAGGAGAGGCUGAAUAUUAACACAGCCACAGAGGAGGAGCUCAUGACUCUUCCUGGGGUCACCAGGAUUGUAGCCCAAAAUAUUGUGGAAUAUCGUGAGUAUAUUGGUGGCUUCAAGAAAGUUGAAGACUUGGCCUUGGUGAGUGGAGUUGGGGCUGCCAAGCUGGAGCAGGUGAAGUUUGAGAUCUGUGUGAGCAGCAAAGGAAAUUCUGCACAGCACUCUCCCAGCUCUUUAAGAAAAGACCACAAUCUGGAUCACCUUUCAGCUACUAAAAUCAACAUUAACACAGCCACCUCUGCUCAGCUCAUGAGCAUCCGUGGUAUCACAGAAAAGAUUGCCAACAGUAUUGUAGAAUACCGCAAAGAGCAUGGGCCCUUUAAAAGUAUUGAGGACUUGGUCAAGAUGGACUGUAUCAACUCUUCAUUCUUGGACAAAAUCCGACAUCAAAUCUUUGCAGAACGGUCAAGACCCCCUUCCACAAAUACUAAUGGUGGCCUUAAUUUCAUUGUCAAGCCUCACCCAAGCCCCACAUCCCUGAGCCUCCAGAGUGAGGAUUUGGACUUUCCUCCUGGAGGGCCAACACAGAUGAUCUCCACAAGACCCUCAGUGGAAAUGUUUGGUGGGGUGCGGGAUGGCCGACCUGUGCUGAGGGUGGCUACUUGGAAUCUGCAAAACUGUUCUGUUGAAAAAGCCAACAAUCCUGGUGUGCGAGAAGUUGUUUGCAUGACUCUCUUGGAGAACAGCAUCAAACUUUUGGCUGUGCAGGAGUUGAUUGAUAGAGAUGCACUUGAGAAGCAUGAAGAAUAUUCUGGCUUCCUAUGGGACACAACCGCAGGGAUAGAACUGAAAGAAGCUACAUUCUCUGAAGGCCCACACACAAAUGGCAAUGGGAAACAGGUCUAUCUUCACCCUUAUAUUGCACAUUUCAAGAUUGGAAUGAAUGAUUUAAUACUGGUUAACUUGCAUUUAGUGCCAUUGCCGUCUACUGGAGAAAAUUCUGUGAAGAAUCAAAAUAAUCAUAAAUUAGCAGUCCUUGCACAUACUGUACAGGAAACACUGAAAGGUGAAAAAGAUGUGAUUAUUUUGGGUGACUUUAGUCAGCCCCCUGAUAAUAGUGACCAUGAUUUGUUACGAAAGGAAAAGUUCCACCAUCUGGUUCCUGCAAGUACAUUCACAAACAUCAGCACAAAGAAUCCUCAAGGUUCCAAAUCUCUGGACAAUAUCUGGAUCAGUCGUGGCUUGAAAAAAAUUUUCACUGGACAUUGGGCAGUUGUAAGAGAAGGUCUUACAAACCCCUGGAUCCCUGAUAACUGGUCAUGGGGUGGAGUAGCAUCAAGUCACUGUCCAGUUUUAGCCGAAUUUUACCUCGAGAGGGACUGGAAUAGAAAGGAUCUAACUCGAAAUGGAGGUGGAGUGAUAGUGGAAUGCACUGAUGUGGAUUCUAAACGUGAGCGGUGAUGAAAAAGAUGAAAGCUACUUUUUUCUUUCCCCAAAAGAUGGUUAGAAGAUAGCUUCGCUCAAGGCCUGACAUUGAACAAGAACUGCUGUGUAUUUUGUUUUCAUUUAAAAAUGAAUAAGCUUCUGCUUUUAACAUCUCUCUUUCCUAUUCCCACUUCUGACCCUUUUGUGGGUGUUUUAGAAUAUCCCACUGCCACUGUGUGGAUUGUGACUUACAGAGAUAUGGAGGCUUCUGUGGCUGGAUAUACCUGGAUAACUGCAAAUAAAAUUCACUUUUUAAUAGUGUUUGUUCACAAUCUUCUUUCUUCUACUUCUAAUAAAAUACUAUAAUUGAACCUAAUAGCUCAUGAAAGAGCAGACAUGGCCAACCAUUUUUUAAUACAUUCUGUUAUCUACUUGAGAUACUUCAGCAAUAGAAAAAAAA